UCUUUAAACCAUUCUGCUUGGGCAUGAAGGUAUACCUUCCAGCUCCAAUGUCACUAAAGGAAGAGAAGUGGGGUGGAAGGGGUGUGUGUGUGUGUGUGAGAGAGAGAGAGAGAGAGAGAGAGAGAGAUGCAGUUAGCCAAAUUUCCAUCCUCAGAUCACGUUUUGGAUUUUUUUUUUUUGCGGGGGGUGGUUGCUACUGAAAGACACACACACACACACACACACACACCAGCAGGCUGUUGCCAGCAGGCUGGAGAUGCAGCCUCUCUGUGUGUGCCUUUCCUUCCCCUCUCGCAAUGGCUUUUCCCUCCUGCUCCCCAGCAACUGAACCCGAGCAAGCCCUUCUUCUUCUCCUCUCUCUCACUGCCUCCAACCUGAUGGCCAUCCCCACCCAGCCCCUGCUUCCCGCCUUCUCCCCCCAUCUCCCCCCAACCUGCUAGGAGCAGCAAGGAAGGCUGACCAGGAGGGGGGAGAGAGAGAGAGAGAGAGAGGAAAAAAAUCUUUAGGGGAAAAAAAAAUUCCUCCCCUCCCUUUGCACCAAUUGCUUCACCGGUUUCCAGAGGGAUGGAUUGUAUCUUGUGUUGGCAGAGGGCGAAGAAGAAACCAUGGGUCUCCUCCUAAGGCGGCUGCGGGCAGGAGCCCACCUUCUGCAUUCGGUUCUCUUUCCCAUUCGGGCUCGAUUGGUCAAUGCCUCUAGAGCUGGACUGGAUCCAUUUCUCCCUGGCGGUGUAGCGCAGUGAUGUGGACGACCUUUCGGCUGCAAGGGUUCAGCAUCAGACAUCGUUUGCCCUAGCAGAGGGGGGGGGAAGGAAAAAAAAUGCCUCUUUCUCUUUGAAGCGUCCAGGAAGACCAGAGAAAGCCCCCCCCCCCCAAAAAAAACCCACCAAAAAAGAAAGAGGAAGGAAGGAAGGAAGGAAGGAGUAAAAGGGGGAAAGACCCAGAAGGAUCCAGCUCGGAAAACAGUCGAACCAGGAGUAUCUGCUUGUGUAUGCUCGGGAACUGGGGUGCUAGCAGAUCCACCCCCCCAGGAUUGCAGAGUGGCUGGAAGACUCUAUAUGUGGCCGUCUCUGACCUCUGCAGAAAAUCCUGGCAUCCCCAUCUCUCUUUUUUCAUCUUGGGGAAGGGGGUGGGGGGGGCCUGGGGGGGGAGUGAGACGGCGUCCCUCAACUUGCCGUUGAUGCCCAUGAAUGCCAACACCAUGAUAUUUAUGAUUCUGGGGGCCUCCAUUGUUAUGGCAAUUGCGUGCUUGAUGGAUAUGAACGCGCUCUUGGACCGAUUUCACAAUUAUAUCUUGCCACAUCUGCGAGGAGAAGACCGCGUCUGUCACUGCAACUGUGGGAGGCAUCACGUCCAUUAUGUCAUCCCCUAUGACGGCGACCAGUCGGUGGUGGAUUCCUCGGAGAACUACUUUGUGACCGACAAUGUAACCAAGCAGGAGAUUGACCUGAUGUUAGGACUUUUGCUGGGUUUCUGCAUCAGCUGGUUUCUGGUGUGGAUGGACGGGGUGCUCCAUUACGCCGUCCGGGCGUGGCGGACAAGCCGACGGUAUGACAGUUCCUGGUCUUGGAUUCCAAAGUUUUGUAACUUCAAGGAGUUCAGAAAACGGCACCACCGGUCGUACGACGAGGCCACUGGGAACAUGGUACAUAUCAAGCAGAAGCUGUAUCAUAACGGGCACCCCAGCCCUAGACACCUCUGAGAAGCCCAGGACUGGGGCGAGGCCCUCGAACUUGCCUUGACGGCCCGUCACGGAGAACGUCGUCCACACGGCUGUUCCUCCCUGGGUGCCGGUUAAGGACUUCCUUUUAGUUACCCAUCUGGUGUGUCUCCCCGGCACACAGAGAAUGCACAAUUCAACCCUGUCCCGGCUGCCAAGCACCCGAGACGUUGCACUGUGGUUACCAUUUUAUUGGUGGACUUCUGUAUAUAUGUAAAAACAAAAAACACAAAAAAAGAACACAAAAGAGAGAGAGAAACAAAACAGAAAAAUCAAAAAGGAACGAGAAUCUGCAUUGUACUUCUACCAUCGCCUCCUCAACGGGGUUUUGCACCACUGUACCUUUUUUGCGUUUGUUUGUUUGGAAAUCUGUUGUUGUCUGAGGUUGUCUUAGGUGAGUUCAGCCAGAAGAUGCGAUGUUUACUUUCGAGAACUUUGGCUUCCGAUUCGGUGUCCCCCUUUCCCCCCGUGCCCAGCACCAUCCAUCCAGUGCUAGGUUGUUGUGUUCCUAUGCAGGGUUGGUCUCGAGAUUCAUGCUGUCGAGUCGCUAUGGGACGUACGUGUCCCCACCUUGAUAGCUCGGUUCUUUUGCUGUUUACUUUCUUAAACCUUUUCCGUUGAGGUUCCUCAACGAGUGGGACGUUGAGAUUCCGCCUGCCCGAAUCGGCCGUCUCUCGCGAACCAACCGAAACCGACUCGCCACGUAAAACUUUGCAACCGGCAGGUUGUAUGCCAGGCAAUAUUUCUUGGGCAUCAUAUUGGUGUUACUUCAUUGGCUUCGGUGGAACGUCGUGACGGCCACUUCACACACGGCUCUGAUUGUGGGAACACUCUAGGGUCUGUGUCAACUGGUCCUGUAUCCCUGUCUUGCAAACUAUUACCCCUUGAUGUACGUUGCAUUGCUAACGGGUUAGGGUACCAUAUAUUGACAACCAAGUUGUAAUAACUGACCACUUGCCCCUGUCCAGGGGGUUCUGGCGACAGAUUAACUUGACCGUCUCUCACAUGACAGAAUUGAGGGCCAUGGGUACUGAUCAGUCUUGGGAAUGCUUUACCGCUUUGGGGGAAUAUCAAAUCCGAGUCUUAGAGGCCAUGAUCCUGGGUUUGGUGGGGGUGGCGGCAGCAUCCUACCUUCUGGCGAUCCCCUUCAACUUGAGUGCCCCCUUCCAAUGGUCACAAUGAGAAUCUCCUUGGUGAAUGGAAUUAGAGCGAGGAAGCCAUGACAGAGGGAUUCUCCUGCCUGAGAGAGUCACUCUGUCACUGCUGCUGAAAUACAGGUCAGAGAAAUAGCCUCCAGGCUUGGUUGCGGGUCCUAGAUAGCUGUCUGAUGGGUCCAGCCCCACAUCUUGGCCUGCCCCAAUACACCUUAAGAUCAUGGCCUGAAACAUGUUCAGUAGGGUGGGUUGGGCCACACGGUGUAGGGUUGCCAACCCUCUGAAAUUGGCCUGAAGUCUCCAGGAAUUGGCAUCCUCACCAGAUGACCCUUGAAAGUAAUACUGGAGAUGUUAAUGGCUUGAUAUUCUGGCAAGUACUGGGGAUGGGGAUUACAAGAGAGAAAUCUCCAGGCAUAGCUUCAGGCAGAGUUGGCAGCCUUAACACGGUGGAGUUUGACCACCUCUCAUUGAAUUCACAAAACCGGAUGCCUCAAAAGCCCUCGCUCUGUAUUGGCUUCGCCAUGUUAUGAACCCGUUGUGUGAAUCUACCUUGAUCUCGUGGGGGCGGGGCGGGGAAGGGUGCUAUUCCCCCCACCCCGACAUGCCCACGUUGCUGCAUAGAUAUUAACUCGCUCAUUCGCCCCAAAUAUGUCGUUUUUAACGCAGAUGAUCUCAAAUGCACGUUGACAGUCCCUGCGGCAAGGUGCACCGGUCCUCGAAGAGAAACGGGGUCCGGUUCUCAUUUCAUGGGACUAAAAAAUAACCCAGUGGAAACUGCAUGCAUGCAUUAGCGCCUAUGAAUACACGUGCAAACAAGGAACAAUCUAGCUCAACGGUCUUGGGGAAAGGAUUGGGUGGAUUGGAAUGGGGUAACUUGGAGAGGAAGGCCCUGAUCCGACAUAAAGCACAUAGCAGCAUUCAAUUUGAAUGGGUUUAAGCUUGAUGGUUGGCCGUCCUGCUUUAGCUCUGUGGGGGAUUCAGGCAUAGGGCGGCUGCCAAUGCUAUGUGCACCUACUCAGAAGUAAACCCCAUUUGGCUCAGUGAGAUUUCCUCCCGAGCAUGCAGGUAGGCGCCAGUCACCAAAGCCGGUCUCCGCAUUUCCCAAAGUUUCAAGGAGACAGCGUGGGUUUUUUCAGCCAUCUCUGAAACACAUCAGAAUGUCCUCGUUUUUUUAAAACAACAACAACAACAACAUUUAAUUUAGCAGGAUUGUGUGGUUGAAAAGAGAGUGUCCCCCCCAACCUGUUCAACGUUGCCAAAAAAAGAAAUUUUGACAGACCUGCCGUCUGAAAAUAUUGACUCUGUCUGUGAUUACUCUAUCGUUCGAUUGCAAUGUCUGUGUGAUUAAAAGGAGAAGAAAAACCACGAGAAAUUUACCGCCAAGAUAAACUCCCACUAAUUUGUGGCUUGUUUGAUUUGC